UACCAAAAACAAACAUUAUGCCGAAAUGCGAACUUGCUUAAGCCCACCAACAAUAAUAGCCGACAAGAAAGCUCUACACCACCAAAUGCUACAAGCUUAAAUAAUCUACAACAGCAGACCGCUUUUAUUCUGACAUUGUGCAUCACAAUGAACCUGUUUAUAAUAGUAGCAAAACAAUAUAUAUGGAUGUCGAUGAAGAACAGAUAAGCUUACUUGACGAUAGUGGUUCAUCCAGAGAAAGCGACACCAGCGAUGAUCUGGCCUUUGAUAUGGACGACUUUUGCGCAGAAGAUAUCAAUGACAAUACCAUCUUCCAUGAUGUUUCUAAUUCGACAUCCAUACCUGAAAAUGUCAUACGUGACAUGCGCCUUUGGCGUAUCAUGCAAAGGUUCAAUGUUCCAAGAGCAUGCUACGAAAAUGCACGCUGACAAACCCGCUUAAGUUGAGUAUACUUUACAAGAAAUUACCAGAAAUAACCAG